AACAAAAAGCCGUAACAUCAGCUCUGGACGGCAACUUCUUUUGGAUUAAGCAUGCUUGCACUGCAGCAAGAUCCCGUGAAGCAGAAGCUUGUUCAGCAACAACUUGUUCUCUUACUCCAUGCACACAAAUGUUCACUACGUGACAAGGAAAAUAAUGAGUUUGCUGCCAGGAAUCAACCACUUCCUCAUACUACCUGUAGAUUACCCCAUUGCCCAACUAUGAAGGAAGUAUUGAUUCACAUGACAAACUGCAAUGUUGGUCGUUUAUGUCAUUUCGCUCAUUGUGCAUCGUCUCGUCAAAUAAUAGCUCACUGGAAAAACUGCUCGAGGGAAGAUUGUCCUGUCUGCACACCACUCAAAAGGGCACGCGAUGUCCCGUUAAUAUUUUCAUUGCCCCAUCUGGCCAAUCUGAUAGGCACCAAAGGAAAUUCUUAUGGAAGUGCAGAUGGUGAAGUAGUUCAUCAAAUCGGGGUGUCGACAAUGUCAGCGGGACGUAUAACAAAUGGAAAUAUUUCAAACUUACCACCGCCAAAUGUGCCGGUUCGUACAAAGGAAUGGCAUCGUCAAGUUACAAAUGAUCUCAGGAAUCAUAUUGUCGGAAAAUUGGUCAAAGCGAUAUGCCCGGCACCAGAGAUGAUGAAUGAUAUUCGGUUAAAAGAUUUGAAUGCCUAUGCCAGAAAAGUCGAAAAAGAGGUGUUUGAAACUGCAAUAGACCGAAAAAAUUACUACCAUUUGUUGGCUGAGAAAAUUUACGAGAUUCAAAAAGAGCUUCAAGAGAAAAAGAAUUCAAGACUUAAUCAAGGAGCUGCCCAAUCUCCGUUGGAUGAGUUUGCUCGAAUGCGUAUUGAUGAAGGUGGACAUCAGUUAAGAACCAACCAAGAAACUGAGACAAAUAGGCAAAAUCAAAGCCAACAACCAUUAAUGGAUAUCAAUGUUCAGUUGAAUGCUGCAAAGACAGAGGAAGAACUCGAAUUGGUAUUUGCCGAACUUAUGAAGAAUCCACAGUUGUUCCAUGCUUGAUUCUCUAUGCGGGAAAAUCAAAGAUGUGCUGCAUCAACAACAUAAAUUUUUCGUAGCUAUAUUAAUUAAUAUGCUGAUUAUUUCAAAUUGACUUUUCAGAAUUCGGUUGGUGUUUGUUAUAUAUAUAAUUAAAUGUACCUUUCGAAAAUUGUAAAAGUGAAAAAUGUGAAAUGCAUAUACAUUGAAUACAUUGAAUAAAUACAUUGAAUUG